GCCACUUGAGGCGCUAGGUGGUGCUGCCCGCCCCGAGCCUCACCGUGCAGCAUGGCGGCAGCGGCGGCGGUGGCGGCGGCGACGGGCGCCUCGCAGCCCCAGGCCGGGUCCACCGCCGCUGCCCCUACGGCGGCGGCAGAAGAGUCGUCGGACAGCGAGCCGGAGCAAGAAUCCGGCUCGCCACAGAAGCUCAUCCGCAAGGUCUCCACCUCCGGCCAGAUCCGCCAGAAGACUAUUAUUAAAGAGGGCAUAUUGAUGAAGCAAACCAAUUCCUUCCAGCGGUGGAAAAGACGAUAUUUCAAAUUGAGAGGACGAACUUUGUACUACGCAAAAACUGCUAAGUCAAUUAUUUUUGAUGAGGUGGAUCUGACAGAUGCCAGUGUGGCAGAAUCUAGCACUAAAAACGUCAACAAUAGUUUCACGGUUAUUACCCCAUGUCGAAAACUCAUUUUAUGUGCUGACAACAGAAAAGAAAUGGAAGACUGGAUUGCUGCACUAAAAGCUGUACAGAAUCGUGAACAUUUUGAGUCUACACAGUACAGUAUGGACCAUUUUUCAGGAAUGCAUAACUGGUAUGCUUGCUCGCAUGCACGUCCAACAUACUGCAAUGUGUGUCGAGAGGCAUUAUCUGGGGUUACAUCCCAUGGACUCUCCUGUGAAGUGUGCAAAUUUAAGGCUCAUAAGAGAUGUGCUGUCCGGGCAACUAAUAACUGCAAAUGGACAACGCUGGCAUCCAUUGGGAAGGAUAUCAUUGAAGAGGAAGAUGGGAUUUCAAUGCCACAUCAGUGGCUGGAAGGAAACUUACCUGUGAGUGCCAAAUGUACAGUGUGUGAUAAAACAUGUGGCAGUGUCCUACGCUUGCAAGACUGGCGUUGUCUUUGGUGCAAAACCAUGGUACAUACCUCAUGCAGAGACCUAUUACCAACAAAAUGCCCCCUUGGCCUUUGUAAAGUGUCUGUCAUCCCACCCACAGCUCUCAAUAGCAUUGAUUCUGAUGGUUUUUGGAAAGCCACUUGUCCCCCUUCUUGUACAAGCCCUUUGUUGGUCUUUGUCAACUCAAAAAGUGGAGACAACCAGGGUGUAAAGUUCCUACGAAGAUUCAAACAGCUGUUAAAUCCUGCGCAAGUCUUUGAUCUUAUGAAUGGAGGACCUCAUCUUGGUUUACGUUUAUUUCAGAAAUUCGACACUUUCCGAAUUCUGGUGUGUGGUGGGGAUGGAAGCGUUGGAUGGGUUCUCUCUGAAAUUGAUAGCCUCAGUCUCCAUAAACAGUGUCAGUUGGGUGUCUUGCCUUUAGGUACUGGCAACGACCUUGCACGUGUGCUAGGCUGGGGAUCUGCUUGUGAUGAUGAUACUCAACUUCCUCAAAUAUUGGAAAAGCUGGAAAGGGCCAGUACCAAAAUGCUUGAUAGGUGGAGCAUUAUGGUAUAUGAAACAAAACUCCCUCGUCAAACAUCAGCUACUACAGUUCUUGAAGAUUUCAGUGAAAGUUCUGAGGUACAACAGAUACUUUUCUAUGAAGACUCUGUGGCUGCUCAUUUAUCCAAAAUUUUGACAUCUGACCAACACUCAGUAGUCAUCUCAUCAGCCAAGGUGCUCUGUGAGACUGUGAAAGAUUUUGUAGCUCGAGUAGGAAAGGCAUAUGAAAGAGCACCAGAAAGUUCAGAGGAGUCAGAAGUGAUGGCCAGAAAGUGCUCUGUUUUGAAAGAGAAGCUGGACUCACUUUUGAAGACACUGAAUGAAGAAUCUCAAGCUUCAUCAUCUUUGCCAAACCCACCUCCCACCAUUGCAGAAGAAACAGAAGAUGGUGAUGGUUCUGGUAUUACUUGUGAUACUUCUACUGAACUGUCAGCAGGGUCAUCCUGUAUUGCUCGUACUCAGAUAUUUAGACCACGUGAACAAUUAAUGUUGAGAGCCAACAGUCUAAAAAAAGCCAUUCGUCAAAUUAUUGAGCAUGCAGAAAAAGCUGUUGAUGAACAGAAUGCUCAAACCCAAGAACAGACAAGCUUUCUUCUGGGCUUUUCCACCCCUGAAGAAGGAAAGGAUCUAAGGAAUGAGAACAAAAUAGAUUUACAGUCUUCACACAUUGGCAACUAUGGAUUUCCAAAAGGGAGAAGCCAUCGGAAAGUAAUCAAGUCUCCUUGUGAAAGACUAAUAAAUAAAGGAAGUAUAUCAGUAGGAAGCUCUGCCUCUCUUCCUCCACAAGCAGGAAACCGGGACAGCUUGCCAAUGUUGAAUGCAAAGAUCAUCUACCCACAUAUCCGUGCUGGGACAUCUGGCUCUCUACCAGGAGGUUCUGUCAUCAGCCGUUUAUUGAUCAAUGCAGAUCCAUUUAACCCUGAGCCAGAAAACCUUGAUUGCUACAUAGAGAAAUGUGUCAUGAAUAAUUAUUUUGGAAUUGGCUUGGAUGCAAAAAUUUCUUUGGAUUUCAACAACAAGCGUGAUGAACAUCCAGAGAAAUGCAGAAGUCGUACAAAAAAUAUGAUGUGGUACGGAGUUCUUGGGACAAAGGAAUUGCUACACAGAACUUACAAAAAUUUAGAACAGAAGGUUUUGUUAGAGUGUGAUGGGCGUCCAAUCCCUUUGCCCAGUCUUCAAGGAAUUGCUGUCCUUAACAUUCCCAGCUAUGCAGGGGGCACAAACUUCUGGGGAGGAACUAAAGAAGAUGAUACAUUUACAGCUCCUUCUUUUGAUGAUAAGAUCCUAGAAGUGGUUGCAGUAUUUGGAAGUAUGCAGAUGGCUGUCUCUCGUGUAAUUAAUCUUCAGCAUCAUCGGAUAGCCCAGUGCCGAACUGUGAAGAUUGCAAUCCUGGGAGAUGAGGGAGUCCCAGUGCAAGUUGAUGGAGAGGCUUGGAUUCAGCCCCCAGGAUAUAUAUGGAUUGUUCAUAAAAACAGGACACAAACAUUAACCAGAGACAGGGCAUUUGAGAAUACCCUAAAGUCUUGGGAAGACAAACAAAAGUGUGAGCUGCCCAGACCUCCCUCUUUCACACUGCAUCCUGAGAUUAUAUCUGAGGAAGAAUCAACUCAUAUUAAUCAGUUUUGCAGGGCAGCUGGAGCUCUGAUUCACAGCAUUCGAGAAAUAGCCCAGGCAUUCCAGGAUAUGGAACAAGAACUUGCCCAUGCUGUCAAUGCUAGCUCCAAAUCUAUGGACAAAGUGUAUGCAAAAUCCAAGUCUACAGAGGGCCUGAAUUGCAACCUUGUAGUAGAAAUGGUAAAUAAUGUGAAAGCCUUGCACAAUGAAACAGAACUACUUCUGGCUGGAAAAAUGGCCCUGCAGUUGGAUCCUCCGCAGAAAGAACAGCUCCAAGCUGCAUUGACAGAUAUGGACUUUCACAUAAGGAAACUAGCAGAUAUUCCAUGGUUGUGGCAGCUCAUGGAGCCCAGUGAUGAAGAGAACCAAAUGCUGGAUUAUUCUAAACGCAACCGAAGUGGCAAAUUUCGUCUGGUGAAAUUUAAAAAGGAUAAAAACAACAAAAAUAAGGAAACAAGCAGUAGCUUGGGAUUGCCGGUUCACCUCUGGGGAACGGAGGAGGUUGCAGCCUGGCUUGAACAUCUCAGUCUUUGUGAGUAUAAAGAUAUAUUCAUCCGGCAUGACGUCCGGGGUUCUGAGCUCCUGCAUCUGGAACGGAGAGAUCUCAAGGAUUUAGGAGUGACCAAAGUGGGCCACAUGAAGAGAAUAUUACAUGGGAUCAAGGAGCUGAGCAAGAAUAUUCCUGUAACCGAGGCUUAAACACUGUUUUUGGAGCCUGCUUCUACCAUUCCUCCUGAUCUCUGCACA